GACCUUAGAAGAGUUAUAAAGCGCCAGAGACAACAGAGGAAAAAGAAGAAGAGGAGGAGGAAGAAGGCGGUGGUGGCGGCGGCGCUCAGCUGACCCGAGGAAAACACUACACGGAACACCGGACACGAAGAGAGAAGAAUUAUUAGAAGGAUAGAAAAGACACCAGAUCGACAUGUAAAGACCUUAGAAGAGUUAUAAAGCGCCAGAGACAACAGAGGAAAAAGAAGAAGAGGAGGAGGAAGAAGGAGGUGGUGGUGGUGGUGUCGCCCGGCCCAGCUGACCUAAGGAAAACACUCUUGACAGAACGCCGGAAACGGGGAGAAAAGAAUUAUUAGAAGGAUACAAAAGGAACCAGAUAGACAUGUAAAGACCUAAGAAGUGAUACAAAGCGCCACAAGUCCGUAGAAGAAGAAGAAGAGGAGGAAGGAGGAGGUGGUGGUGGUGUCGCCCAGCUGACCGCAUCAUGGCCGCCCUCCUACAGUGGAGGAAAUUCAACUUUUUUGAUGUGACGGCAAAUGUUGACAGCGGCCGACUGGCUGAGGCACUGAAGGGUGCUGAGGUCACAUGUACGGCUGGAGGGCGCGGCCAUGUCUACAUUGGUGACUCAGCCGGGUGUGUCCAUGGACUAAAUCGGCAGCUCAAAAUAACAUCCUUUGAAGCCCACAGUGAGCCAGUUCGCUGCAUCACGGCCUUUGACCACACCAAUAUAGUCAUCACCAUUGCUGACAGCAGUGGAGGAGGACUGUCUGAAGUGAAGGUUUGGUCACCAGAUAAAUUAGAUUCAAGAGGGCGGCCUCUCUGCCUGAGGUCCCUUGCCCCUGACCCUCGCCCUGCCCAAGGCUCCCAGCGGCAGUCCCAGGCCUCUAAGCAUGGGUCUGGGCGGAGCCAGGUGCCGCGCGUCACAGCACUGGCUGUCCACCCCAAUUUGUCACUUAUGGCUGUGGGCUGCUCGGAUGGCUCCAUUAUACUGUACAGAGGUGAGGUGAGUCGAGAGAGAGGCAGCAAGCAGAAGGUGCUGCUCACGGUGUCCAGUGGCCUCACAUCCCUCCACCUGCGGCACACCACGCGCUCCACGCACCUGUUUGCCACCACCCACACGCACACCUACUGCAUCAACCUCACCGUGCGGGACAAGGAGACAACUGUUGAGCUGGACACACAAGGCUGUGAGCCAGGCUGUUCCACCCUGGCAGACGGCAGACAUGAACAUCACUUUUUGGUGGCCCGAUCUGAUGCUCUGUAUAGCUACACUACAGACAGUCGAGGCUCCUGCUACGUGUUUGAAGGGGAGAAGGCUCUGGUGGUCUGGUUCAGAGGUUACCUGAUUGUGGCGGCCGCUGACAAAGGGAUGCCAGCCACCAGCUCCGAGCGCAGCAUUACGAUUUACGACCUCACCAACAAGCUGGUGGCGCUGAGUACCAGAGUGCGAGGCCUGGCCGGGGUGGUGGGGGAGUGGGGGGGCCUCUACCUGGUUACGUCAGAGCCCUCACUCAUCCACAUGUCGGAGAAGGACCUCCACAGCAAGUUUCAGCUGCUGUUUAAGAAAAAUCAGUUUGACAUCGCCAUCAGCUUGGCCAAGACGCAAUGCUGUGACCAGGAGGAGGUGGCGGAGAUCCUGAAGCAGUAUGGUGACUGGCUCUACAGCAAAGGCAACCACGCGGCGGCCAUGGAGCAGUACCUCAAGACUGUGCCACACCUCGAGCCUUCCUACGUCAUCAGAAAGUACCUGGACACACAACACAUCCACAACCUGACGACGUACCUCCAGGCCCUUCACCGUACAGGCUCGGCCACAGCAGACCACACCAGCCUGCUGCUCAACUGCUACACACGGCUCAGAGACACGCAGCAGCUCAAUGAGUUUAUUAUGAGCAAGGAGGGCGCCGUGGAGUGUGAUGUGGAGCUCGGCGUGCGUGUGUGUCGCAGCGCUGGCUACUACGACCAUGCCCUGGCCCUGGCGGCACGGCACGGUCUGCACCACCACCACCUGGCGAUCCUCAUCGACGACAAGAAGGACUACUCGGCCGCUCUCAGGUACAUGGCCACCCUGGAGCUGGAGGAAGCCAAGGCCAAUGUGCUGCGCUAUGGCUCCGUGUUGCUCGGCCACCACCCUGACCAGACCACUGAGCUGCUCAUCUCCCUCUGCACCGACUACAAGCCAUCCAACUCACCCAUUGUGAAGGAGGGCUCCCUCGACAGUUAUCCCACCCCUGAAGAUCCAGUGCGGGCCGACCCGGAGGAGUUUGAGUACCUCCUGGUGGGCCACAGCGAGCAGGCCAUCACCUUCCUGGAGCGCCUGGCAGACCCCCACACCCCCAACCGGCAGCCCCUGUCCCCGCGCCUCUACACCACCUUGCUGGCAGAGUACCUCCACCAGUACAGCCUUGCUCCUGAGGGCCAGGACCAAGUGGCACUCGGGGAGAAAGUGUUGGCACUACUGCGUAACUCUGACACCAAGGUGUGUAGGGACCAGGCACUGCUGCUCUGCGACAAACACAAGUUUCAAGAUGGGAAACUGCUACUGUGGGAACAGGCUGGCAUGUUUGAGGAGAUGUUGGCCUGGCAUGGGGAACGCGGGGAGGUGGAGGCAGCGCUUGGGGUGUGCUCCCGCAAGGCCCAGCAGCAGCCCAGCCUGUGGUGCUCGAUGCUGCGUCUGCUGGCCAGCCCCUCCAGCCCCAACCCUCCCAACCCACACCACCUCUCAACCUGCCUCAACAACAUUGAGGAGAAGGGCCUCAUGCCGGCCCUGGAGGUGAUGGAAGUCCUCUCUUCGUCCCCACACAUCACUCUGGGCCAGGUGCGGGACUACCUCCUGGGGGUGGUGGCCUCCCACUCCACCAUGCUGGCCUCCGAGACCACCCGCAGCCAACAGUACUCUCAGGAGACGGCCAAGAUGCGCGACACCAUCAGGGAACUGCGGACUAGUGCCACCCAGUUCACCAGCACCAAGUGUAAUAUUUGCAACAAUGAGCUGGAAUUGCCCUCUGUACACUUCCUCUGCAAACAUUCCUUCCACCAGCACUGCUUCGAGAGUUACAGCGAGAGUGAGGCCGACUGUCCUGUAUGUCUGCCGGAGAACAAGAAGAUGAUGGAGAUAAUCAAGGCUCAGGAGACGCACCGCAGCCAGCAUGAUCACUUCCACGAGCAGCUGGAGCGCUCGGCGGCUGACUCCUUCACAGUGGUGGCAGACUACUUGGGCCGCGGGGUGUUCACUCAGCUGCAGUCCCUUUCGGCACUCUACCCACCACUCAACACCACCAGGAAAGAGCUUGGAAUGGUUGCUACUGCUGGUCGAGGAGUAAGAGGUGGUGAAGUUCCUGAUUCUAGUCAAGAGGGAGGCAGACACUCCAGACAGCCUUCCCAGACACAGCUGAGUGGCACAACCUUGGGUGGGUGGAUCCCUGAGGUGGACACUCGCCUCCGUGCGCUGGAGAAGGCCAUCCCAGGACCUGCCAGUGUCAGCAGUGAAGGUCGGCUGAGGGUGAAGGAGGGCAAGGGUCUCGUGGUGCUGGAGCCAGAGCCCGAGGGUCGUAUGCGCCUCGAGGACCAUGCAGGAAAGCCAAAGUUUACCCUUGGCAGUGGAUCUUCCCGGCCUGCUGACCCUCAGUCCAUGCCGACUCUGGUCAGUCCCUCAGAGGCCCAGCUCAGGUCCUCUCUGUCAUCCAACAUCAUGGUACCAUCCUCUGAGGGUCGUGUGAGGGGUGUCGAGGCCUCAAGGAUGGGUGCGGGCAUGGCAGCGACAAAGUCCAGUCCUAACCUGCACGACCAUAUCACUCGCUCCCCGCAGAUCUCCAGACCUGUGGACAGACAUAGCGUCAAUCCAGCAGUCGAGUCUAUCUCCUCCGCACUCGCCUCCACACAGAUAUCAUCAUCCCCAAGGACUAAACCAUCAGACAACCCAUUCCAGGACAAAGCCGAACCUGAAGCCCCAGGUGGGAAUCCUUUUGGGGACUUUGAGACAGAGAACAUGGAAGGAAACCCUUUUGCUGAUGACUACGAUGAGUCCAAGAAUCCAUUUGCAGCUGACUCGCCAAGCCCAGACUCUAAAAACCCAUUUGGCUCGGAUGACUACGAUAGCUCACUCAACCCCUUUGGAGAGUCAUAGGAGGGUGGUGUUAGUACUGAGGCGCUGGAAGCAUCUGAUUGACUGAUGAUCGUACUGCAGGUUGACUCAACAGUUAGGGACAUGUUGAUCCACCUUACUCUUAACAUGUGACUCUAGCCUCUUUUGACAUAGCAGCUCUUCCCCUGCCAGUUUAUCCUCCACUUUCCUUUCCUCCCUGCCAGUUCAUCCUUCAUGUUCCUUUCCUCUCCUGUCAGUUCAUCUCCCAUUCCUGUACCUGUGCUCUCCUUCUCAGCGAAUUCAUCCCCCACUUUCCUCCUUCCUCAUAAGAAGCUGUACUGAAAGUAAGCAUGUCUCCUGCAAGAUACUCUAUAUGAUGUAUGUGUGGUGAACAAGUCUUGUUAAUCCAAUUGAAAAAUGUAGCAGUAAGCCUGUCUCCUUCAAGAUGCUUUGUCUGUUGGUGAGUCUCGUUUAUCAGAUCAAUAAUAUAUUAUGAACUCUA